GCAGAAAAAAGCAAACAACACGGCAAUACAAAUUUUUACGUAAACAAAAGUGGAUUCCCCAUGGACGUCGAAACAUGGGAGUUGAUGUGGAGUUUCGCCUGCUACGUACAUCCUCUGGGAGUGCAGUUGCGAGAAGAUAUCCAGGGUCGAGAAUGUCCUGAAGUACCUAUUCCUAAACCGCCCAUCAAUCUGCCUAGCAGCAUGGCAGUCACCACAAAACUUGAAAUGGUUCAAAAGUACUUGGAAUCUCUUCAAUACAACUAUACGGGCAUGCAGUUCUUUUGUAUUAAAAAAGACAAACCAUUAUGCUAUCUGAUGGAGUACGCCAAGGAUAUGAUCAGAGCAUCCCUACCUGUCAAAUGUUUGGAAGCUGUUGUUCUUGCUAUGUACUGCACCAGUCAAUAUGCCAACCUGGACAGGUUUCCAGUUAGUUUCAAGAGUCAGUUUGAGAAUCGUGUGUAUCGACACGUGGUACUCGGCAUUCAUCACAUGAACAUGUAUGGAGCACUUGGACUCAGCAGGAAGCCCGAUCUCAUGUACAAACCACUUGUUUAUCAAAAUUUAUCGGACCUCCUUCUUGAUUUUGUAUCUUCGUACAACAAAUGUGGACACAGACUGAUGAAAAUUAAGAUAGGCAACUCCGUUCCUCACAACCUUUUGACCUGUCAGUCUAUACAGUGGGGAAUAAUUUCGCUGAACUGCGAGAAGAUGGAUGCGGAAAAGCUGAAGAAGCAACUCGAGAAAUCUUCGCGCAUUAUUAAGAAACGA